AUUGGCGGAGGCGGCCGCCGUCCGCGUCCCUGGAGGCAGCGGGGUGGGCGCCCAUCAGCAUCCCAUGGUGCGACGGUGUCCCGGUCCCGGGGGCUGGGCCGUGUUGGCGGGAAGCUCGGCAACGCCACCCCCUUCUCCUCCUUCCCCCGUGCUGCCCGUUCUGCCUUAUUGCCGGCGGGCCGCCUCGGUGUCGUAGCGAAGGGACUGUCCCCGAGCCGGGCGCGCGGUGGCUGCCGGCACAUGGCGCGCUGCGGUAGCGGCGCUGUGCCCGCUGUGCCCAAGGGGCCCGGCCCGGGGCAGGCCGAGCGGCAGCGGCUGAAAGAGGCGCUGGCCGAGCAGCUGCGGCAGGACAUGAGCAGGUUGCUGGCGGAGGGAACGCGUUCCGACGUGACGAUCCACGUGGGCGACGCGGCGCUGCGGGCUCACCGGGCGCUGCUCCUGGCGCGGGCGCCGCGGCUGUUCGGUGCCUUGGGCGGGGGGCGGCCGCCCCGACAGACGCUGAGACUGCACGGGCCGGGACCCGCCGAGAUGCGGCGCUUCCUGCGGCUUGUAUAUUCAUCUGAUAAAAAUCUUCAAGAAUCUGAGGAACUGGAUAUGAUGAAGAAAGUUCUGGAGCCCAAAUUAGUCCAAGAAAACAACACUGCUGCUCCUCAGAACUCUCCAACAGAUGUAAGUUGUCUUGGAGAUGACAAAGGCACAGCAGCUGAUCAGAAUGCUCUAAGCGGAGCUGUUCAGAAAGAAACUGCUUGUUCAUCCAGCAGUGAAGGGGAAAUUCCUGAGUAUAUUGAUGCAGAAAGUAACAAAGCAAUGGCAGCAGGUAAUUCCAAGCUAGAAACAGCAUCUGCAUUAGGAGAUGACUUAUUGAGGCUCUACAAGAAACACUGCUGUCCAGAUAUCAAUAUUUGCAUAGAAGGCAAAGAUUUUCAAGCUCACAGGGCCAUUUUAUGUGCCAGAUCUAGUUACUUUGCUGCUAUGCUGAGUGGAAGUUGGGCUGAAAGCUCCCAAGAGCACAUCACUCUUCAAGGGUUAAGCCAUAUAGAAAUGAGUGUCAUCUUGCAUUUUAUAUAUGGAGCUGUUCUGGACUUCCCAGAUGAAGUUGAUGUUGGUCGCAUGUUGGGCAUUGCAGAUAUGUAUGGGCUGGAUGGAUUGAAAGAAGUAGCUAUCUACGUUUUGAAGAGAGAUUACUGCAAUUUUUUCCAAAAGCCUGUUCCUGGAAAACAGCAACCCAUACUAGAAUGCAUGGCUAUCGCUCAUUCUCUGGGAGUGGAACACCUAUAUGCUGCCUGCAUGAAAUGGGUAGGAAAACAUUUUGCAAAAUGCUUGUCAGAAAGAAGUUUUGCCAGUCUGCCUACUGAACUGCAGAACAACUGUCUUGUUAUGUUGAUUAAGUCUUUGAACCACAAGAAUGCUGCUUCAAUUCUGAUGGAAAGUGACCGGCUGAUCAAUAGUCUUCCCCAAGUGAAGUGGACCGAGAGAGCUGUGGCCGUGGCAUCCAAGCUACAAGAAGAAUGCUUAACUUUCAUUGUGGCAAACUUUCUGCAUGUAGUACAAAGUGAAGGCUUCCAUACUCUGUUGCAGGCACAGGCAAUGAGCAGCAAACCUGACCUCCUAGAGCUAAUUUUUAAUGCAAUUGAAAAAAAUGUAAAUAAUGAAAAUAGCUGCUUUCUUCUUAUAGCUGUGGAUACGUUGUUGGACUCUGCAGACGUGAAGGAGUUGGGUUUUACGUGCAAGAUCCAGGCUCUGCAUGAUAAGCUCUGGGUCUUCCUGGUUCAGUCUUUUUAUGCUGUUCGUCACACAGAAGGCUGGAAGCUGAUGAGGCCAGACCAUCAACAGAAAAUACAAGCAGCCGCAUUUGACAAGGGUGAUGACAGAAGACUUGGCAAAAAACCUGUAUUCACUAGUUCUCAGCUAAAUAAAUCCAUCACUGAAUUUGCUGGUAAAAGGAAUAUUUCUUGGACAGAACACGGCAAGAAAGAUUGCUUGGGAGAUUCUCCCACUAAUCAGGAUAAAAUGAAAUCUGAUGGAUUAGGAGCAUCUGGACAUGCAUCGAGCACCAAUAGAAACGCUGCUAAUAAGACUUCAAAGCACGAGGAUGUAAAGGCAAAAGACGGCAAGAAAACAGUUUCCAAGAUUAAUAAAGAUUUAAAACCUGGGGAAAAAGCAGCUUCACCAAAGGCUAGAGCUGUCAUAAAAACAAAAAUAGAAAAUAAUGGAAACGCAAAGGCUGAAAGUGUGCUUGCCAAGCAAGAUGCUGAAAAGACAUCGUCUUCAAGUGGACAAAAAAGUUCAGGAAGUGUCAAAGGAUUAAAGAACCAUGAAGGAAAAACAGCAGGUGCCAGACCUAAAGUGCUGGCAGUAAGCUCAGGUGUGCCUGUCAAAACAAAGCCACUAAAGAAAACCACUGGGAAGGAAUCUCCAUCCACAGCAACUGCAGCAGGAACACCCAGCAAGUUAACAAACUCCAGCACAGAUAUCCACACUGCUGCUGCCAGUGAACAGACAGAAGAAUCCAAAGAGGAAAAAAUGGCAGAAGAAGGAAAAAAACAUACUGUGAUAACGAAGCCUUCUCUGAAGACACCAAAUGGAGUCGCCAACAAAAAAAAAAAGGCUGAUCUUGAAGUUACUGUCACAACAAGCAGUCUAACAAAAAAACCAGCUGGAAAAGUGUCCAGUGAACAAAAUGCACAAGCUGUCCUAAAGAAAAAAGGGAAUGGAAGUAGCAGCGCUGCAACACAGAAGGCUCAGGACACACCUACCCAUUCUCCCAAGAGCCAAGGAACUGUGGGGGAGUCACCAAACUCACUGAAGUCAGGAGUGUCUCCAAAACAUAAUGAAGAAAGAAAUGUGGCACAACAUCUGGUUCAGACAACAGCCCCAGAGAAACAUGCUUCAGCCAAGAAGAAGAGUGUUAAGCCAUCACAGACACCUGUAGCAAAAACCACUGCAAAAAUAGUGACGCCCAAACCUCAAGCUCUGUCAAAGCACGGUGAAAUAAACAAUAAAGACCCAAAGCCAAAAACAGCUGGGCAACCUGUAUUAAAGUCUCAGUCCUCUACCCCAAAACAUUCGAGGACCGAGUCUCCUGUUGUCCAGAAGAAUACACACAACUCUGAGCACAGAAGUCCAGGACAGAAACUUGGAAAAAACACAGCUGAUGUGACAACUGUUAAGCCUCAUGACAGCAGUGUAUGCAGUUCUGCAAAGCAAAGUGAAGGUCUGAAAUCUGUGAUGGGAGGUAGCAAAGAAGAUGAGCUCUUGGCAUCUUGUCAACCUGAUAAACAAAAAUUAUUGGAUCCUGAAGAUGGAGAAUGCAAAAUACAAUCAAAAUCUCCUCUAGUUACGGCAGAAACAGUUUCUAAAUUGCAUGUUUCACUGCAAAAUGAAAUGGAAGCAAGAGAAAUCUGUGGGGAUCAGGCUGAAAUUACUGAGAAUAAAGACAGAAAUGUAGCUGAUAAUACUGCUGAAUUUUCCUGUCAUGCACAGUCCACCAGUGAUGGAUAUUCAGACUUUUCCGAGGAAACAAAUCAAAACUCUGCUACUUCAGAAGAAUUGGUAGAACAGCCAAAAGCAAAAGAAGUCUGUGUGGGACAGAGUGAUCAAUUAAGUACUGAUACGGAUCUUAACCAUGGUGAAAAUAUUUUACCAAGCUUUUCCAAAGGGAUAACUAAUAAAGAGGAUGUAACGUCACCUGCUCAGAUUCACAUGGAGGGAUUUCAUCCAGCUGAUGAGUCAAGUGGUACAUCAGCCUCACCUGAAUUCAAAACAGUUGCAGAUAUAGAUGAAAUUUCAAAACAUUCCAUGGAACAAAUAAGAGACAAAUGUUCACAUAAUUACAUAGAGUCUAUUGGUCCCCCAGAAAUUCCAGAAAACCAUGAAAAUGCAGAAAUUCCCUUUGUGGACCACUGGAAUACUGGUACACUAGAUCCAAAAGAGAGUCCUGAAUCAGAUACUGGCAGCGCAACUACAUCCUCUGAUGAUAUAAAACCAAGAUCAGAAGAUUAUGAUGCUGGAGGCUCUCAAGAUGAUGAAGGAUCCAACGAGAGAGGAAUUUCUAAAUGCAGCACUAUGUUAUGCCAUGAUUUUCUUGGAAGAAGCAGCAGUGACACCAGUACACCUGAAGAACUAAAAAUCUAUGACAGCAGCCUUAGAAUAGAAGUGAAAAUGAAAAAAGAAGGCUCUGAUCUCUUCCGCGUUAAUUCAACAAGUGAUGAUGAGAUACCGAGAAAAAAACCUGAAAUUUGGUCUCAUCAAGAAAGCGCAAGAAACAGUACCAGAGAAACUGAGAGUUCUACUUUUGGCAAUGCACAGUUUACUCAGGAAGCAGACCAAGUUUCAUCUUCUGCUGAUGAAACAGAAGAUGACAGAUCUGAACCAGAAAACGUUGCAGGAAACAUUCUUUCAUCAAAUGUUCCUCCUCAGCAGUUCCAAGGAAUUGAUAAUUUAGCUUUUGAAGAUGCAACAGAAAACGCUACUGCAAGUCAAGAGUUUUCUAAAACUAAAAGUUUUAAACGAUCUGUUUUACUUUCAGUAGAUGAAUGUGAAGAAUUGGGAUCUGAUGAUAGAGUGGAAACUCACACUUCACGCCAGCAUUCAAUAGACUCUCUUACUCCUUCAGAUGUAUUUGAUAGUGUUUCUCAGGAGCACCAUGGAAAGACUUUUUAUUCAAGAUACUCAUUGGAAAUUGAAGAUGGAUUCUUGGAUUGCAAACAGCCUAAGGAUCAAGACAACAGAAUGGAUGAAAGUUCUCUCCAACAUCUUCAUGGUACUGAAAUCCCAGGGAAGGAGGAUAAAGGUACUUCAAAGACUGAACAAAACUGUGCAGAGGAAGUACACUCAGCAGCUAGUCCUUGUCCAGGGGAAAAUGAAAAAGUAAACACAAAGAAUGAAGUGGGUAUUGAGUUUCAGCAGUGCAAUAAAUACUUAGACAAUGAUGCAAAAUCUCAAGAAAGACCAUGUCAUCUGAAUCUUCAUCAAAGAGAAACUAAUGCUGAUGUGCAAAAGAGCAACUCUGCAAAACCUGUAGAAGCCAGUAAGAAUCAGAUACUGACUCAGGAAGGCCAAGUGAGAGACAGUCAACCAGCACCUACUGAAUACGCUAAUACUGAUUUACUUCCAGGAGACAUAGAUGAUUAUGACACAAUGGCACAAACCUGCAUGUAUGAGCAUCGUCCUUCAAAAACCCUUUCUCCAAUAUAUGAGAUGGAUGUUGGAGAAGCAAUUGAGCAGAGGAUGGAUUCAGAAACAGCAGAUCUUGAUGUGGAUUUUGAAGAUCAGCAGUUUGCAGAACAGGACUGGACACUUCUCAGGCAACUGUUAUCUGAGCAGGACUCCAACAUAGGCUUCAAAAACUCUGUUCCUGAAGACCUUAACUUAGCACAAUGUCUAAUCAAUCAGACGCUGUUUCUGGCACGAGAUGGAUCAAAUCCUCAGGGUACAUCACAAAUUGACACAUUCAGUAGGUGGACUGAACUAAUGUCUCCACUUGAUGAUUCUUCAGCAAGCAUUACAGUGGCAAGCUUUUCAUCUGAAGACUGUUCUUCCCCUCAGGGGGAAUGGACAAUUCUUGAACUGGAAACUCAUCAUUAAGGUGAUCAAAUGUUUGCAACUAACUCCAACCCAUUCCCCAAAUCUAUUUUUGAUGUGUUGUUUCCAUACGGUGAAAUACUGCAUCAGUCAAGAACAAGCAAUUCUUGGUACUGAGGCAAUCUUUCUGAUAUAAUGAGGUAAAUACGUUAAUUUAUAAUUUAGAUUUAAUUGCAAGUACAGAAAUUUUUCAAGACUUAACCGUAUGUCUUUUCUAAAAUGAACUUUGAGCAUGUAUUUUCUAGAAUUGUUAGAAAAAUUAGAUGAUGUGAAAGAAGGAUCUUGGUUUCCUCUCUAACUUUUAUGUUCCUUUUGGCCACUUAAUACGCUCAUUGAGCAAGAGCUUAAGCAUAACUGCACCUUUAGUAGAGUUACUGCCUCCUUUUUGCCCUCCCUCUACAUGGUGACUUCAUUUUACAACAAUAAAGAUUCAGAAUGGUUGUGUCAAAAGGUCAUAUGUGCCAACACUGCUUUUAAUACUAGAAACAUAUUUUUGUUUGCAGGAAAGGUUUCAAUAGGAAUCCUGUUUGGGCUUAUUGAAUAUGAACAGCUUGUUUCAUCUGUUGCUGCCAGAUUUCGUAUUUUAUUACUUGUUUGCUUUGUUUACAAGUUUCUAAUAAUUUUUAAUGUAAUUUCCUUUAAAUAGAAGGAUUCAAAGGGUCUGUGCUAGAGGAAGGGCAUUGUUUCUUGAAAAUGUACUUAAAUAUUUUUUAAUGGCAUAGUAGAUUAAUUCAGAGUUGGGAGAAUGCUGCUCCUGUUUGAAAACCAGCAUGUCUGAUACUUGUAGAAGUACACACUUCAGGUCCUAGUAGAAAUUACCUGGUCUGGUGACUCUUGUCUUUCACACAGCUGAAAACCUGAAGUACUCUAUCUCCUCUUAGUCACCAGGAGGAAAAGUGCCUUCAUAAAGCCAUAUGGCAGUAAAAGGCUACUAAUGUUUAACUAAUGUUAAAACCGUUUUAAGAUAAAUGCACAACAUGUGCUGACUACAACUGCUGGUAAUAAGGUCAGUUUUGCAAGCUUUUGUGUAACUCUAACAGUGCACCUUAAUUUUGUUUAGGAACUUCAUUUAUUUUUGUUCUUGGUCAGAAACUCUCAGCUGUGUCAAAAUAUGACUAAAGACAUCAUAACUCGUCUUACCUUGGGAUUUGACAUAAUAAAGAGCUCUAAGGCAAAACAUCUACUCUAGAAUGCCACUUUGUUGCACUUCUGAUACAGAAGCAAAAGUGAUGUUUUCCACAAAUUAAUUGGAGGAGGAAAUAAGGUCAUUCUUUAACAUCAAGAAAACAGGGGAAAAAACAUCCAUUUUCUGUUUGACAACGGACUUAAAAAUCCAUGGAAGAAAGAUAUUCAAUAUGAAAAGAAAAACCUUCCUCCUACUGUUCAUUUAACCACUCACUGAAUUGAAAAGUAACUGACAACUAGCACACAAAGCUUCAUAUUUGUUAUACUGGAAUACAAUCAUGUUAUAGGGGUGUGGGUGGGUUUUGUUUGUAUUUACUUUUUCAGCUGUAGUAUGAAAUUUAAGUCAGAUUCCCUCUGACGUUGGUGCUAUUCCUGCAAUACUUUUGCAGUAGAGCAAUGCUGAAGAUUUGGUGAAUUGUUCAGUUGAUAUAUAUGCAAGAACAGAAUUUAGCUUCCCACAGCCACACAGUCUCUGUAAAAGUAGCAGGAAGAGAAAGCUGUAUUGUUUUUAAUUCAUACUACCAGACUGCCUGUGAGCCUUAAUCAGACCAGUAUCCCACUGGCUAGACACUGUACAAACACAGAAUGAAAGCAAGGUCUUCCUCGGAGUGGUUAUAAUCCAAGUUAAGACAAAAGAUUUAAGAAAAACAACUUAGAUGGAAAAGCAAAAUCAGAGUCAAUAUUUGCCCACCUAAUUAGCAAUGGUUUCAGCACACCAUCAGCUUGAAUAUAGAGGAAAAGUAUUCAUUAUGGGAAGGGAAAAUUGGAGGUUAAGAUUUGAAGACCAGAUAAUGAGGGACAAAUGCUUGAAAACUUAAUACACAGCAAUGAAAGUAAAUGGUAAGAGCUCCCAGUGAGCUGCACAGUAAGGACAGGGUAUGUACAUCUGAUGAAACGGCUGAGGGAAAUCAGUGAUAAUAAAGAAGAGACAGCAUAGUCAAAGCUAGUGCUGAGGAUUUCUCAUGGCAGUAGUAUUUUACAUGAAUCAGAGCAGUAAAAUCGCUUUUGUCAAAACCUAAGAUGAGAAAGGUACAGACAAACAGAAAUACUGACAACUUACAUAAAAUCCAGCUUUGUGUGGAUAAGGAUGUCUGUGCCUUACAAGGAAUUAAGAAGCUGAGAAAUUCAAAAAACAGGACUUAGAAACUAGACUUUACAACGAUGACCCUGGAUGUGUCUAUCCUGAAUGACAUUUUACCAAGUGAAAAACAACUGUUUAACCAUUUUUAAACAUUUAACAUACAUGCACAUAUUAAGUUUAAAACAGGCUAUACCUUCAAAAGGUGAUGUCAGUAGGUGUAAUUGGUGUAAUUACCAUUCUUGCUAGGAAAGGAAGAGUCCAGAUGGCACUGGAAAAGCUGUUUUGAUCAUUUUUACAUGUCACUGCUAGCAAAAUUGUAUAUGUGCAGCAAAUCACAUGUUGAAAAGCAAAAGCUGAGGCUGAAGACUGAAAGCAAUAAGAAAAUUGGAGGUUCUUCCAUAUGAUUUGCUCAAGACAAAGUUAGGGAAGAUAAGGAAAGCAUCAAAGAUGGGACAGGAAUCAAAUGAAGAAGGGAUAGCAGUGUUGAGGUGGGGUAAGAAAAUGUUCCUAGGUAUGAUUAAAAGGAGAUUCUGGCUUCCUUCAAAAGAGUGUCCAUUGGAAAGAAUAUGAGAGAAUAUUAGGAAGAGAACUCUAAAAAGCGAUAUGUAACAGUUGCAAAACACAACAGUUAACGUAUUUACCUUGGGUUUUAAAGGCGUGAGAUAUUACAUUCAUAAAGUAUAGCAAAAGAAUUCAGUAUACAAACACAGUGAUUAAAGGAAACAGUUACUUUAGAUAAAGAUGUGCACAUUAUAAUAAAAUCUGAGUAUUGUUGAAAAAGAUUAGUGACAAAGUUCAAGAAGUAUGGCUUGCUGGCAAUACUUUUUAACUUCUGGGUAAUGUGACUUGACUGUACAUGUUUCAUACAGUUAUUCCACAUUUUUCUUUGCAAGGUAUUAGAUCUGUUUCAAAACAAUACUGAAUUCCCAGUGUUAUUACUGGGAGGAGCUACUGGGCAAGGAGCUUCCCACUUUCCUCACACGCACGCUGCCCGCUGUAUGAGUUCCCUAACAUUGUCUUUCUUUCAGGAAGUAAAUUAACAAAAAAUUAAAGCUAAUUACAGAUUGCAGGAGAGAUUUUAAAACUAUGAAUAUACGUCAUCUGCAAAGUAAUUGCUCGCAUGCUCAUUCUACUUUGUUUCAGAAAAUCUAAACCAUUGCAUGAAGGAAGUAAGAACUGCUGUUAUGUUGUUCACCUGCUGCUCAGAACUAAGAUGUUUGAAUAGACAGUUUUGCUACCAAUAACAUCAAAGGAAAAGCUGCUGUUGACCUCAGCUGAAGCAGGUACAGGACAUGUCUAUAUUAACUGCAUGUACUAGAAAUGCUACUUUUCUAAUAUAUGUAUCUCACACUCCUGUGACUUUUAUUCUAUCUUACUAUUGUAGAUGUGACAAAUUGCAGCUAGAAAGACUUCAAUUUAGGAGUCAUAAUUGUAUGUAUUCUGUUAAUAUUUCAUGACUGGAGUGAUUUAACAUUUGUACAAUGAUAGAUGACAUCCUUGCCAGGACUAUGCAGGAACCAAGGACGAAAGACAGAAGCAGCAGUCCUGCUGGAACGGAGGACUCCAUGGAAACAGGCUUUUAGAUUUGAAAAUCCAAUACAGAUACAAACUUUAACCUCUUGUAGCAAAUCCUUAGUGGUUUCUGCCCAUACCUUUUGAACACAAGCUACAGAGACUGUUUUUGAAAAAUAAGCCAUACUGUGCUCAGUUUUGGAAAUAAUUAAAUAAAUAGAUAAAACUCACUGCUCCAAUCACUUAAAAUGAAGUUUCCUAUCAGCAACUGCUACAUAGGUUUAAGAAAACAAAACCUGCUGCAGAAGGAAGAUUAUUUACAUUAAAAGAGCUCUUUAUUUAAAAUAAUAACAGUAAAAUACUGGUCUCUAUUUCUUUUAACCUUUGAUAACUAUUAAGCUAUACAGAGCAUGCAUGCACAGGCACAUCUGUUUAUUCUUGCAUUUGCCUUUCCCUUUAUACUUGCUGUGUAAUCACCUGCCCUGUAUAGUCAAUUAGGCCACAGUUCUUCAAAUAUAAGUGAAUGCGCUUCAACGUUUGCAGACCGGCUUUCAGGUUAACAUUCACUUCUCAGAAAGGGUAAUGGAACUGGCACUGGGGGCAUGCAAAGUGCAUAUUCAUGUUAUUAUGUGUUACUCAACUUAAUGAGGCUCUAAUCCUGAUCAGCCAUCUGGAAGCAGUUAAAGUAUGAGAUAAUUAAUAAUGGAAAGCUAUUAAGUUGCUUCCUUAAUCUUGAUUUACUGCUGGAGUUGCCAGCUCAGAAGACCAUUCAGUUGGAGAAAGCAAAGUUGUGAAAUAUAACAUUUUGCGUUAUUAGCAACAGAAGAUGUAUUGCACCAUGAAACACAAAUACUGACCAAAUCUUCAAGAACUGAAGCUUCAGUACUUGGGACAAGAGGACCAAAACCUCAGAAACUACACACAGUUAGCAAGGAUAUUAACAGCCAAAAUAGCUUUUGCAUGUUAGCAGAAGGUGACUUAAGCAGAGAGUGAGUGAAUACUUGGAUCAAUCAGACUCGCAUCUACAAACUCAGGGGCUGACCCAAUUACUCAGGCAAUUCAUCAGAUCUUAUAUUAAUGCACACAAGAAAAUGGGACACUGACAUUUUCUCAGUUUUCACUGAAGGUAGCAUGAGCGGUAUCAGAUCUGUAUUUAUAAGGAUCAGGAUAUUUUAAAGUACCUGAACAGAAAGAUGGAUAACCAGACUAUCAAUCUGGCUUAUAUAUCAACUCAAAACUGAGCUGAUUAAGAGUGUAACAAAUGACUCAAGUUCACAUCCUCAUACCUGCAAUCUUUACUUAGUCCUCUGGCACCCUGGGUUCACUCUAAUCAAACAGAUGUGCGAUUAUCUCAAACAUGUGCUUAGUGAGAUCAUUUCUGUUCUUCACAUUUUUAUAUCACCCCCUUUGAACAUGGCAUGCCAUCCUGCAUCUCCAUAGAGUAUCAUGCUUAAGAUUAACAUACUGGACAGACCAGAUGCAGUGUAGGUAGCAUCAAAACUUUGUUACCUCCAUAGAAUGAGGUAGUUUUCACACCCAUGAAUGUAAGACCCACCUCUAAGUGAAAUUUUCUGCCUGUGAGAAAAUCCCUGCCUAUAUCUCUGUGGUAGAGCAAGAAAUUAAAAUUCCUGGUUUUUGGACUAUCAUACUCCAGUAAUUUAGACUAAUCUUAUAUGUGAGUAGUAGGAUGCAGUUAGAGAAAAGUUCUGAGUCACUACCUGCAGUCCAUGGCAUUAAAAUCCUUCUUAUAUUUUAACCAUUCCAUCUUUGGAAGAGUAAGGGGCAUGUUAAGUUCUCAGACUGAAUGAAUGCUUGCAUGUUUUUAACUUGCUUGCUUUCUAAACAUCAAUUAGCUGGGGCCCACGUAACCACAUUUCCAAGUGAUUCCUUGUGAGCCCAUUCUUCUGUUUCCAGAAUCACUGUAGGGUUGCAUAGCUCCACAAGCUUUCUUCCCCAUGCUACAUAUUGGAGAUUCUUAGUUGAUUUAUGUAUGACAGACGGAAACAAUAAAUCCUAUGUGUAAUUUAAA